AUGGCUUAUUCCCGCGGUCGCGAUUUCUUGUUCUGUAACUUGUGCGGGACAAUGCUCGCGGUUUCUUCAACAGAAUACGCAAAAUGCCCUUUGUGCAAAACCAAACGAAACAUAAAAGAUAUUAAAGGAAAGGAAAUAAGUUACACGAUUUCUGCCGAGGAUAUCAGAAGAGAACUUGGAAUUGAUCUACUCGAAGAACAGACAGUGCAAUUGUCUAAGGUUAACAAGACAUGUGAAAAAUGUGGUCAUGGUGAGGCUGCCUUUUAUACCAGACAGAUGAGAUCAGCGGACGAAGGUCAAACUACUUUCUACACAUGCACCCGGUGCGGUCAUCAGUUUCAGGAAAAUUAA